CAUUUUUCCAACUUCAAAUAUUUCACCGUGAAAGUGGGGAGUCCCCUUCAGGAAUAGGAUCCGCGUGGCAACAUGCGUGUAGGAAGUAUAGUCCUGUGGAAAUCCCGACAUACGUUUUCUGUCGAAACAAACCGGUGCUCUAAAUUGCCCGAACUCUGUUUCUGUGAUCUCAUUAAACCUCAUUCCACCACUGUAUAACCGUUUUACAGCUUAAAAGGCAGAGGAAAAUGUCUCCAACAAACAACACAAUCCAGCACAACCAUCCAACUCCUCUACAAUGUUUCGCCUGCCAUUCACCACCAACGCUGCCUCACGAGCUGCCCUUCGGCAAGGACCAUGGUCUGCCCAAGGUGCCCGACGCUGCAUGAGCGUCCGACCACAAGAACUUUCCUCUCUCACCCCGCCACCACGCAAAAAGGUCACCAUCCAGACCCUCCACUCGAUGCGCAAGGCAAACAAGCCAAUAACCAUGGUCACAGCCUACGACUACCCCACUGGUCAAGCCGCCUCCUCAUCCCCGCUCAUCGAUAUGAUCCUCGUCGGCGACUCCCUUUCACAAGUCUGCCUCGGCUUUGGCUCGACCACCCAACUCACCCUCGAAGCCAUGAUCCAUCACGCCAGCGCCGUGGCCCGUGGCGCUACCCACCCCUUCCGGGUCGUCGACAUGCCUUUUGGGUCGUACCACGUCUCUGCGGAAGAAACCAUCCGAAACGCUACCCGGCUAGUACGAGAGGGUGGUGCAGAGGCGGUCAAGAUGGAAGGAGGGAAAGAGCUCGCAGAGAUCGUUCACCGUUUGACCGAGCUUGGUAUACCCGUCAUGGCACAUAUCGGUUUGACGCCCCAGCGCCAGUCAGCAUUGUCUGGGUUCAAGGUGCAGGGAAAGUCCGUCGAAGGAGCCAGCAAGGUGCUUUCAGACGCACUAGCCUUGCAGGACGCCGGAGCAUUCGCGAUGGUAGUGGAAGCAGUACCUCGCGAGCUGGGAAAACACAUCACCGACAAGGUGAAGGUCCCUACCAUCGGAAUUGGUGCUGGCCCUGGAACAAGUGGACAGGUGAUCGUCCUCGAAGAUCUUGUGGGCACCUGGGAUGGCCAUAAGCCCAAGUUUGUUCGUCGGUUCGCAAACGUGAAGGAGGUCCGCGAUAUUGGCAUCCACAAAUUUGGUGAAGCAGUACGAGGCGGUUCAUUCCCUCAUCCAGAAGAGGAGAGCUACACCAUGGACCCGCAACUCUGGCAACAGUUUAUGCAGUCACAGGGCGACAAUAAUCUAGCACUAUCUGUAUAA